AUGGGGGAUGAUGAUUGGGAUAUAGGUGCGGUCGUAAGAAGUUGUAAUAUUAAUAGACCUAACAAUGUUGUAGCUCCUAAGUUAGACUUGGAGACUUCUCUAAAUGAUGUUUGGAAUUCUUUUGACAAACUUUUAGCUCAUGACAUGACUAAUUUUAAUGGCUUAUCUGAGAUUUUCUCUUUAGAUUUUCCAACUGCUCACCAGGAAAAACUAGAUGAUCAGGUCAUGCUGAUGAACCAAAAUGGUAACCAGCAGUUGUACUUACAUCCCAUUCAACCUGCUCAAUUUAUCCAACAAAGCUCUUUUCCUCCAUCACCAACAACAGUAGUGUGUUUGCCACCAACAACUACAACACCAAAAGAAUGGAUUGAUCUACGACAACAACUCGAUAUAGGGGAUAACAUUUAUCUUAAUUUCAGUUUUCCCAUGAAGACUCCUUUGAUCCAAACUAGAACAAGGAAAAAUCAGGCAAUAAGGAUUACCUAUGAAUUAUUACAAGAGGAACUCACAAAUGAUAUAUGGACAUGGCGCAAGUACGGUCAAAAGCAUAUCAAAGAUUCACCAUUUCCAAGGAAUUACUAUAAGUGUAGCACAUCAAGACUCUGCAAAGCAAAGAAAAAAAUUGAGAAAAGCCCAAAGGAUGAGAAUAUUUUCUUGGUGUCCUAUUCCGGUGAACACAACCAUGAUCCACCCACGAACCGUAGUAAUCUUGAUAGUUGCAACAACAGUUUCAAAUUCAAGCUUCCAAAAGGCAUAAAUAUUGUGCCCAAAACAUCAACCUUGAAUGCAUCAUCCUCCUCAUCCAAGCGUGUUAAGCGUUCAAGAGUUGUUGUUUCUCCAAUUAUCACAACUAUGCCUCCAAUUGAAAUCGGGAGCAAAAAUAAAAUGAUUGUUGCGGCCGUGACGGACAAAGGUGGUAGUAAAGAAGAGGUGGACAUGAAUGAAGAUAUUCUCAUGGGCUUUUUGUAA